AUGGCCCUGAAAGUUGAAGUUUAUCAGAAAGAGAAAGUGAGGCCAUGUUCGCCAACUCCCCAAACCUUGAGAAACUACAAGCUUUCUCUCCUUGAUAUAUUAGCCGGGACUUUUUAUACCCCCAUUGUUUUCUUCUACGACUCCUGCGCUCGUCGCCACGAUUAUGAUGAGCUCAAGGACUCGCUCAUGGAGACACUGUCCGUCUUGUACCCGCUCGCCGGAAGAAUUAAAGAUGGAUCGACCAUUGAAUGCAACGAUGAGGGUGCGGAUUUUGUCCGAGCUAAUGUUACAAAUUGUGAUUUGGGUGAGUUUCUCCGGCACCCCAAACUCGAAGAUAUACAACAGCUGCUCCCACUUCAUCCCUACCCAAAUGCUAUUGACCCCACCCAGCCAAUGUUAGCUGUUCAGGUGAACAGGUUCCGGUGCGGCGGAACUGCGGUGGCGGUCUGCAUUUGGCACGGCUUGGCGGACGGUGCGGCGAUGAUCGGAUUAUUUAACACAUUGGCGGCAAUCAACCGCGGGGAAGGACCCAUUAAUCCCGACGGUCUCGUCGUGGACGCCUCCGCAAUUUUCAGGCCGGGGGACCUCGUCAGGUCCCCGCUAAUGCCCCAUUCCCUCAAUAACCAGGGAAACUACUCCUCGAAAAGAUUUGUUUUUAGCAAGCGGGAUAUCGAGCGGCUCAGGAACGAUUAUUAUCACCCAUCGGAGCACCGCCGCCGUCCGUCUCGGGUUGAGACGUUGUCGGCGUUCAUAUGGGCGGCGGUGAUACGGGCAAUUUUACCGGUGAACCCAAAUCUCAAGACGCAUUUGCUGACAAAUGUGGUGAACUUGCGAAAGAAGUUGAACCCGCCAUUCCCUUCCCAGUGCCUAGGCAACAUCAACCAAGUGGUGGCCGCUCGGUGGGAAUCGGAAGCUGACGGCGGUGGAAGAAUUACUGCCGGGUUUCUUCUAGGAAGAGUAAUGGAAGCCAUCCACAAGGUUACGGACGACUACGUGAGGAAAAUGCACGUGGAGGGUGGGUAUCUCAGAGCCAUAUUAGGUGUAUCAAAGGCACUUCAUAUUGCGGAUGAGAUUAAGGUUUUAAGUAUAAGUAGUUGGUGUAAUUUUCCGUUUUCUCAAGUUGAUUUUGGGUGGGGCAAACCGACAUGGAUUGGCUUGGGUCAUACACUGGAGGACUUGGCUAUUUUCUUAGAUGCAGAUGAUGGGGGAAUAGAAGUGUGGAUUGGAUUGACACAAAAAGUUAUGUGCAAUUUAGACAAAGACGUAGAAUUUAAUGCUUAUGUGUCUUUUUCACAAAUCUUUUCUGAAUCGUCUUGUCGUUUGCAAUCUGCAGUCUGCACUGUAGCUAGAGGAUAG